AUGGCCGAUGUCUAUGCUGAGGAAAGGAGGAUAUUCACAGACUCAAAUCAAUUGACCUCCUGCACAUUUCCGUGGUUGCCUAUUCCUGAGGAGAUGACAACCGAGCACCAGUUUUCCAUUUAUAUGGAAGAAAGCACCAUGGAAUGCCGACUACUCAAAGGGACUGCGUCGGUUCAGUUGGACGCUUGUGGAUUUUAUUUCUACUGGUACAUCGAUGAUCCCAAGGUAGUAUUCAUAAUAGACAUGGCAACCGUGGAGGAUGUAGAGUACUACGAAAAAGCAUCGGUAUGUUCCUCCCAUCCCUCUUUGAAUUUUACUAACAGUUGUUCAUUGCACACCACAAAACUUCCGCAGUAUUAA